CCCGGAUACAGGUCGUGGUUCUUUAUAUUUGUCUUCAGCUGUCUGCAAGCUUUCUGUCUGGGCAUGGCAAUGCAGGUCACUGGAUUUACUUAGCGUCAUCUCUCCAGGUGCCACAGUGACCUCUGACCUGUGGCCCUGAUGACAGUGGUGACCCUGAAUUGACCUCCUCCAUGGGGCUUCCGCCUCUCCGGGGGGAGUGACUUCAGGAGGGCACUGACUUUGUCACCAAGGUGAAUGUGUCAAUCAAGGCUGAGCUGGCUAACAUGCGAGUGGGUCGUAAUGGAGAUAAAUGGAGAGAGUACUGCAGGUAUGCUGCAUGUGCAGGCUCAGAACAACAUCAAGAGCUCCAGACCACAGCUAAAACUGCUCAUAUACAGAUUGUUGUAUCGUAAGGUUUAGAAGCCAGUCCAGAGAGUAAUGAGAACUACAGCAAACAGCAAUAUUCCAGCACAGCCCCUGUACAGAACGUUCUGCCUACCUUGACUUCCGUUCCUACCAUACCUACCAUGCCUUCCAUGAUUCCUGUGGUCAGGAAGAUGGAUCAUGUCCCCAACAACAAGAGUUGUGAAGUCCCCAGGCAGAGGCAUCUUCUUCUGGACUCUGAGGUCUACCAGAGAAUCCAGGGCAGGAGAGAGACACCCACAGACCCUCGCCAGUCCAACACCUUCCACUUGAUACAGGAGGUGCUGGAGGAAGACAGUAGAAAUGUGGCCCUGUGUACCCAAGAAAAUCCUUCAACACGGCCACCCAGCAACCCCUCCCUGUUGAGAGUGCAGAGGUUCCGCACAUGUGAAAGCUGUGGAACUCUCAUCACUCAAGCCGUCAAGAUCAGAGAGGGGCAUCACAGACACCAGGAGUGUUUCACCUGCAGGGAUUGUGGGCUGAGCCUGCUUAAGAAGGGCCACUUCUGGGUGGAUACAGAGCUCUACUUUGGGAAACAUGCACUCCAGAGAUAUCAGAGGACUGGAUAAGCCUUACCAAGACCCAGAUCCUUCUCUCAGAGCUACAACACAGCAGCCAUGGUUCUAGCCUUCUGAGAAAUAUAAUAUACUACUACCACCACCAUCUCCCCACAGAAUAGACACAUUUUACAAUGAUAAUCCAUAGGCUACUUGUUGUCAGACCAAACCAUAGACACAUGAUGUGCUUUACUUGUGCUUGAGAGAGGGGACAACCUUGUCAAAUGUAUUUGUUAGUGUAUUAUUUUGUGUGCAGUAGGGGGCAACCUCUACACAUUUGCUGCCUGAGUUAGUUUACCCAAAGUGUGUAUGAACGAUCGUAUUAUGAUAACUACAUAAUUUAAUUAUGUGUAACCAUGCUAUGAAUUUAUUGUAGAUAUUGGGCUGUUAUAUUACAUUGUUAUGUAAGUUGAUGAGUUUAAAUAGAAUGAUCUGAGUAGAAAUCAUGCUGUUAUUAUGUAAAUUACAAUAAAGUGAUCUCUCCUUUGAAUAAGAGGUGAGUCAUUUGCAUGAGAGAUAUAAGAAAGCCCUGAAAGUAUAUGUGGAAGAUGGACAUUCAGCAGGGGCAGGAAUCCAGAAUGAUUAUAAACCACCUCUUUCAAUACAGAAUGCCUCAAGCAUCAAUCAUAACCGGCAAUUGGGUUUCCAGGAUAACACUGAGAAUAUAUUUUUCUUGUACUGUGAGAUCGCUUUAGAACUCCAACCAUGAUUGGGUUUUUUUUUGUUUGUUUUUUGCAAAGAGGCAAUUCAGUCCUCUUCCAACAGUCAAAAUGUACCUUCUCUGGUACAGACUUUUAAACUGGUCUAGCAGUGUCUUGACAGAUUGAAGGAGAGGGAGAAUAAAAAGAUAAAUGAGAGAGAGAGAGAGAUCAUACCUGUUUUCAUUUCUGUGAUU